CGCCGCUGUUGAUGGACAGACGGACGGCAGCCGCCACAGUCCACAGGAGACUGCCGGCCGCCCUGUUCUGUUGGCAGCUGUGACGAGGGCAGGUGGAGGACAGAGGCUUUCCCAGGCCAUCACUGGUCCCUGACUGUCUGAUUUGGAUCCUUGCUUGCUCCAGGCGCAGCUUGGUUUAGCGCUGAAGCCGCCGUCAUGAACGGGCUGUCAGUCAGCCAGCUCUGCUGCCUCUUUUGCUGCCCGCCCUGCCCCAGUCGUAUUGCGGCCAAACUGGCCUUCCUACCCCCGGAGCCCACGUACGCCAUGGUCCCUGAGCCCGAGUCCGCGGGCAGCACCAGCACUGGCUCCCUGCGAGGAGGUGCUGUGGGACGCUGGAAGCUGCAUUUGACGGACCGGGCGGAUUUCCAGUACACCCAGCGGGAGCUGGACAACAUCGAGGUGUUUGUCACCAAGAGCAGCCGAGGGAAUCGCGUCGGUUGCAUGUACGUCCGUUGUGUGCCAGGCGCCAGGUUCACAGUGCUCUUCUCCCACGGCAACGCCGUGGACCUGGGGCAGAUGAGCAGUUUCUACAUAGGGCUGGGCACGCGCAUCAACUGCAACAUCUUCUCCUACGACUACUCAGGCUAUGGCGUGAGCACGGGCAAGCCCUCGGAGAAGAACCUCUACUCCGACAUCGACGCUGCUUGGCAGGCGCUGCGGACGCGGUAUGGGAUCAGCCCGGAGAAUAUAAUUUUGUAUGGACAAAGCAUAGGCACAGUGCCCACAGUGGAUUUAGCCUCCCGCUACGAGUGUGCAGCUAUUGUGCUCCACUCCCCGCUCACCUCUGGCAUGAGAGUUGCCUUCCCUGAGACCAAGAAGACCUACUGCUUUGAUGCCUUCCCCAACAUUGAGAAGAUCUCCAAAAUCACCUCUCCCGUCCUCAUCAUCCAUGGCACGGAGGACGAAGUCAUCGACUUCUCCCAUGGCCUGGCACUCUUUGAACGCUGCCCCAAGGCUGUGGAGCCGCUGUGGGUGGAUGGGGCCGGGCACAAUGACAUUGAACUCUACAGCCAGUACCUCGAGCGCCUUCGGAAAUUCAUCUCCCAGGAGCUGGCCAGCCAACGCAACUGAGCCCCGGGGAGGGGACAGGGGAUGGGAUGAGGGAGGGAAGGGGGUUUCCUGUGCGUUUCUGUCCCCUCCCCCCUCACGCACACGCUCCCUGCUGCUAGAGGCAGAAUGAGUUUGUAUGGCCUCUGCUCCAGCCCAGGCUGACAGCAUUGGCAGAGGUGAGGAUGCCUUUCAGUGGACGGUGUGUUUCCUCUUUGAUACAAGCACAGCUCUCCUGGUUUGUGUCAGCCCUCCUUUCCACUGGACCCAGACGCUGCUUGGACCACUGGCUGGGCUGGCAAGAAACAGCAGCUUCCUCCUUUCCCCUGCAGCAGGGAAGAGAAAGACAUGAGCCCUCUCUCUUGAUGGUCAGUCCUGGGUUUUGGACACAUCCUUGUCCCCUCUCCAAAAAAUAACGAGUCCCUGAAUUCAUCCUGGCUGCUCUGCUGGUCUGACUAUAGCAAUAAGGCGAUUGGAAAGGGGCUGGGCUGGGGGGCAGUGGCUGCCUGGGGAUCCUGUCUCCCUCCCUAGGCAUCACUGCAUGAUGCCUGCCAUCCCCAUGGGACAGAGGAGGAGGCAUUUCCUGCUCGGGAUGGAGCUUUCCUGGGAUCAGGGCCGAUGAUGAUGGAGUGCCUGGUGUUUGCCCCGUGCCUGGGGCAGGAUGGCGCAGAGCUGCGUCCCAAGGGGGAGCUUGGGGGCAGGUGGAGGAGGUGCCAGCACCUGCCUCCCUGCCCCACGUCCCCUCUGGUCUGGCCCUGCUCUGCCUUCUUGGAGGACUCCUCGUAUUCGGGUCACCCUCUUAACAACUCCCUUGUACUGCUAGCUCUUGUGAUUCGCUUGGGAAAGGGGACGAGGAAACCAGGCAGCGAAUAAAGAGCUGAGAUUUAACGUUU